AAUGGUUAGAGGAUUGGUUGGAGCUAAAGUACAAACUUUUCCCGUUGACAAACUUUUACCAAAAACGGUUUUCCAACCGGAAAAGGAAUCUGAAAGUAUUCGACACGUUUUAUUGUAUAUAACACCAGUGCAAAAGAAGAAAAAGAAGAGGCAUAGAGUGAAAUAUCCAGUGAGAGUAAAUGAAAAUAGGAUAGGAGGAAUGAAGAAAUUAGCUGCACUUAACUGGGCAGAGCAAUUUCUUAGAAUUGAAUUGGUAAUCGUAGACGCCAAGAGUGCUUCGUGA